CACAAUGAAAUUGAGUGUGAGUGCGUAUCGCGCGCACGCAUCAGCACACAAAAAAAUUCUUUCGAGCGGUUACCAUUCGCAACUCAACUACGGCAGCACAGGUGCGGCGGUUUCUUCUUCUGCUGUCUUACAAAUGGCGGACCCGGCCGAAAACGCAAUGUCAGUCUCCAAAGAUCGCCAUGGAAUAGAAUGCAAUAGUGACACAGAUAUCGUGAGUCCAUCUGGUACGAGUAGCUCCGAGCGGGAACGAACUGGUACUAUAAGAAAAACGCAACAACAUGGCAGUAUCAAUGAGAAUGAUAGUAAUACUCAUCAUUCCAACUUUAAAAGUUCCACACAAAACAAAUCAGAUAUCAGCGAAAAAAAUUCGGACCUGGAUGCUGACUGGAAUCGAUCCAAUCAGCGAUGGAUGAAGCUCAGAACAACUGUCCAAAUAUCAUCAGCGAUACAGAAAAAGCCACCAUUAAAACGAGAGGACUCUUUUUUAAAGCGAUUCUCUACGCGGCAAAUUCCAGAAACUCAGGAAACGGUCGAAGACACUGGGUCGGAGAGCGCCUUUGGAGAAUCUAAUAAAAGUACAAAACGCCGGCGUCGAUUUUUGCAAAAGCGGCGAUCUGUUGUUAAUCCAGAUGAAAACUUUUAUUUCUAUUGGUUGAUGUUACUAACUGUUUCUGUUUUAUACAAUUUAUGGGCUCUUAUUGUGCGACAAAGUUUUCCUGAAUUGCAGCAAGCUGUUCCUAUUUUUUGGUUUGUUUGUGAUACACUCACGGAUGUUGUUUUCGUAUUCGAUAUAGUUGUCCAACUACGCACAGGAUAUCUCGAACAAGGACUCAUGGUUUACGAUGAUAAAAAAUUAGCGCUUCAUUACAUUCAUUCUAGAGAUUUCAUCUUGGAUAUCAUAUCAUUGAUUCCCCUGGAUUUGAUCCAACUUAAAAUCGGUGCAAAUCCUCUUCUACGGUUUUCAAGAUUUUUUAAGGUGUAUCGAUGUGUAAAAUUCUAUUACAUUGUUGAAAGUAGGACGGUUUGGCCAAAUUUAUGGCGAGUUAUAAACUUAAUUCAUAUUCUUUUAAUUUUGGCGCAUUGGUUUGGGUGUUUUUAUUAUCUAUUAUCGGAAGCUGAAGGAUUUCAGGGAGACUGGGUAUAUCCUUACCGACCAGGAGAUUACGCGACAUUGACUAGAAAGUAUCUAGGUAGUCUUUAUUGGUCUACCCUUACUUUAACUACAAUUGGAGAUUUACCAACCCCCGAAACAAAUGCAGAGUAUAUUUUUACAAUUGUCAGCUAUCUUAUUGGAGUUUUCAUUUUUGCAACCAUUGUCGGUCAAGUUGGAAAUGUGAUAACUAAUCGUAAUGCUAACCGCCUGGAGUUCGAACGCUUGCUGGAUGGAGCUAAGACAUACAUGCGUCAUCAUAAGGUUCCAGGUGGAAUGAAGAGACGCGUGCUCCGUUGGUACGACUACAGCUGGUCUAGAGGACGUAUCCAAGGAGGAGGUGAUAUAAACACAGCUUUGGGUUUAUUGCCGGACAAGCUGAAAACAGAACUAGCGUUACAUGUUAACUUGAGUGUCUUAAAAAAAGUCACUAUAUUUCAAGAGUGCCAACCAGAAUUUUUACAUGAUUUGGUAUUGAAAAUGAAAGCAUAUAUAUUUACACCAGGAGACUCCAUUUGCCGUAAAGGUGAGGUAGCCAGAGAAAUGUUUAUAAUAGCUGAUGGUAUACUGGAAGUGCUGAGUGAAACCGGUAAAGUGUUAACGACAAUGAAGGCUGGCGACUUUUUCGGUGAAAUCGGAAUUCUGAACUUGGAUGGCCUUAAUAAGCGUACGGCUGAUGUACGCUCAGUUGGUUAUUCUGAAUUGUUUUCAUUGUCGAGAGAAGAUGUACUCGCCGCUAUGAAGGACUACCCGGAAGCACAAGAAAUUUUACAAACUCUUGGACGGAAGCGGCUAAUGGAAGUUCGUUGCGUAAAUAAGAAGUACGCGAAAGCACAAUGUAAUAAUGAGCAAUCGGAUCAUCCACAUGUAUAUAGCAAUAUUAAUCGAAGCGAUAGUAGCGAAAAUAGUGCCUCAAAAAAAAUUGUGUACAAAUUAAGAAAAGAUGUUAAAGGAAUCCGAAGUAUGCUUAAAAAGACAAGGACGCGAAGAAGUGAUGAAUCGUUAGAGAUGCGGCCGCUGCAAGACACCUUAAGUAAAGGCAAUAAAACAACUUUGAAGCGAAUGUCACAUGUGCGUUCUGAAGAGAAGGAGGAAAAAAAAGAAGAAAAAACGCACCAAGACAAAACACCUAGUCCAAUUGGUGCAGGGCUACCGUUACUCCAAAGGCUGAGAUUACUCAAAGAAAAACAGGAUCGCGAAGAGAAAGCGGCAAAGGCAAUCACUCCUCAGAUAUCGCCCCCACAUGUUCAUAUUGCCAAUGCACUAUCGCCACAGGAAUCAAUCCAGGAAGAACCGGAGACUGAAGUAAACGAAGCACUUCCGCUAAUGCAAAGACUACAAAUGUUAAAGAAUAAACAGGAAACGAAAGGCAGCGACGUGAAGCUUACAGUUAAACCAACUUCAACUGUGUCUUUAAAGCAAAAAAUACAAAUGCUCAAUUUCGCUGGAGUGACAAAGACAGAUACUAUGGAUGAUAAGUCGAAAGACGAUAAAUUGGCCACUGAAGAUCAAAAGCAGACUCCAAAAACACUUGACGUGCAGAGAUGUAUUAAACACGACCUAGGUGCAAUUAAUAAAUCGCCAAAGGCGGUAACAGGAAAGUCAGUGAAACUCAUAAAACCGUCCAUAAACACGUCAACAGAACGCUCAGAUAGUGAUAUGUCCAUUAAGCCAUGGUCCAAACUUAAGUUAGCGACGAUAAUGUCAACAAGUUCUAAUAAUUUAGGGAAAUCUUCACCAGGAGAUUCAGACGUUGAAGUAAAAACAUGUUCAUCCAAUGAAACACCCCAAACGCCUUCUCUAGGGACAGCUGUAUUUACAUCCACAACACCAUCUAUAAAUACUUUACAUUCUGUAACUUCGACCAGUCCAAAUACAAAAAAUACAGAGCAAAUGAAGAUUUUAGAAAAUAUACGGAAGCAAUCGAAAAUUUUAGCAACAAAUCAUUCUAACGAAGGCAGAAAAUCGUAUCAUUCUGUUUUUGAUUUAUCGCCCGAAUAUAGUGGAUUACCAUUUGUAAAGCGUCUAAAAAUACUGAACGAACGUCAGAAGUUAGAAGAACUUGAAAAAGCACUACAAAUGCGAAGUUUUAGCUUAGACAGUUCUAAAAUAACAAGCCAACUUGCAGUGCCAGAACCGUUGUAUCGAUGCUUCAGUGAUGUUUCUGAAAUGUACUCGCAAUUUUUUGCAGCUUAUGAAUCAAGUUCAUCUAAUUCGACUAACACAUCUCUGUCAAAUAACAACAAUGAGAGGAAAGACAAAUAUAUACCGCCUGCUUAUUUACCUCUUAGUCCCGAACAAAAUGAAACUUCUGAACGCCGAAAGUUGAAGUGUAUUUUACAGAAACUUCGUCACAGUUCAGAAGAAUGUAAAAGUGCUUUUCAAAAUGAAAAUGAAGACUCGUGCGUGACGGAAAAGACCAACAAGAAAUUACUAAGAGAACCGACAUUAGAAGGUCCACCCAACAGCGCUCACAGAUCUAAUGAAGAUGAACAGUAUGAAGCCUUGCGAACGACUAGUGGAGCCGAAGAUAAACACGUAAACAUUUCUCACGCGCCCAUAAUUUCCGCUUUUGGAUGGGAUAAAUUCCCUGAAAAUCGAGUAUCCAGUGGCGCUCAUACAAAAGCGGUCUCAAAACGACGAAAUACUAUUCAACUUAAUAACAAUGUGAUGCAAUAUGAUCCAAGUCCAUCUCACACUAAUCAACGUACAACAAAACGGUUGAAAACAAUUGGGGAUUCGUUGAGAACAGGAGAUAUCCUCAACGUGGAGGAGAAUUUCAAUCGUGUUUGGAGUGAAAUUAAUGAUGUAAUUAAGGAUCAGAUUACAGAAAUGCAUUUAAAAUUCGAAUUACAAUUUUCGGUAAUGGCCCGAGAAGUAAGAAAACGCGAUGAAAUUAUUGCAAAUCUUCAGUCAAAAAUUAAAAAUAUCGAAUUAAAAACAUCCUCGCCACGAAGAAAAACUGAACUUACACGUGAUAAGCCUACAUACACAGAGGACCAUGCCAGCUCCAGUUCAUCAGCAGAGCUUCUUUUUAUGCGCGGAGACUCAUUGGAUACGGUUUUUAUGUCAUCUCCACCACAAGUUCAACGACACAGUUCUUCGUCGAUAUUUAAAAAUGUUUGCAAAAACUCUUCAGGACACAUUUAUUCACGAAGUUUGUAUAAAAAUAAAUCGGAAGAGAAUAUUACAAUGGGCAAGCAACAAAAGAGAAAUUACGUUGUUUCUGUGUCAGAUCUCACCGGAAACUUAAACAUGCAAGAUAGUGUAGUUCUAGACAUUGGUGGUAGUUCGAGCUCGAGUUCUGUUUCUAGCAAAUUGAAUGUUAAGUAUGAAGACAUAGAGCAAAAAAAUGUGAAAGACAAUGUAUUCGCACAUGUAGAUCACAACGAUUGGGAGGUAAAAAUGCUUGCUGCGGAGAUGGAUAAACAAGAAAGAAAACGUGCGAACUCCACUGACUUUAAGUGUAGUAAUUCAAUUUUAAGAAGACGUCGAAAAUUUAGUGAUACUGAAGCAGAUAUUAGUGAAACAGAUCCCGAAGUUGAAUCCUUCUCUUUAUCCAGACCUAGAGCUUCAAGUUUAGACCAAUUCAAUUUAAGAUACGGCAUCGGAAAAGAUUUUUUUGAAGCAAUUAGUAUCGAUCGUGAUAAAAAUAAACUUUGAAAUUUGCCAAUAUAUUAUCUAGGGUUACAUUAUACACACGUACGUUUAUAAAAUCCGAAAAGUUUAAAUGAAAAUAUGGAAAAUUACAAAAAAGAAAGGCAGCAACAUAAAGUCGAUAAAUGUUGCCAAAAUAUAGAUUGGAAAAUGUUGGCUAUUUGGCUAUGAAUCUAUUUUGUAUAAUUUUUAUCUGAGUAUUGCAAUUCUCUUUGAUUAUUAUUUUUUACUGAAAACCAACACUAAAUCUUUUAACAGCAACCACAUUUUCAAUUUUAUGUAUUUUAUCACACAAUGAAAUGAUUAUAGUUACCCCUUUCUGUUUCAAAAUAUCAUCUGCAACUUCUUUCAACUUGUGUAAGAGGGUCAGUGACUUGUAAACCUAUUGUUAUGCACAAAAGUCUGAAAAUAUUGACUCAAAGCAAGUGAAUAUCUGAACAAUUUUAACCCUAGAUAAUAAUAUUGCAAUCCCCACAUAUAAGUUUAAGAUUAUCUCAGGAACAUAAAUUUCUUUAAAAAUUAAUCUCUUUUUAAACUUGAAAACCCGUAAAUGCCACUAAUUUAUCAAAUUUUAUAUUUCUCGUAUUAAAAGUAAAGUGUCCAUAACACAAAGAUACAUGUGUCAUAAAAGCGUAAACCUCACUGUAAAAUAAUGCAUUGAUAUUUUUCAGCCAACACAUAAAAAAUGAAAUAAAUGCAGUCAAGCAUUUUUUAGACAUAGUGUAUGCUUUGGUCUUCAAUUAUUUUUAUAAUACGAGUAUUCUAUAUCUGUCGUCACAAUCACAAGACGUUAUAUCUCUUAAUGACACAUAAAUUUAGUAUAUAAAACAUUAUUAUAUGAUGUUUAAAUUGUUUGAUUAUUUAAUCAAUUUUAUUCCAAGAUUUUAUUCCAAAAAGUACCCUUAAAAAGGUGAAUAUGGGACUUUACCAAAGCUCAAAGUUUGAAAAUAAUUCUAGCUAUUUUAAUUUAUGUUGAAAACUUUUGUGCGUAAUUAAGUAUGAUACCAAGUAUACUUUUAACAAUUUAAGAAUAUUUUGGAAUUAAAUUUUAAUAACAUUAACACUCUUAUUACGAAAUGCUGAUAGAUUAUAACAAAUAUAUAGUAUAUAUUAAGCAAAUAACAACCCUAAGUUUUGGGAAGAGUUAGUGAAAAUAUUUGGCAGCAUUGCUUAAAUUUUAAGCAGACAUCGUAAAAAGAAUGUGAGGAAACGAAAAACAGUGACAUUUGUUGUAGUUUAUUAAUUAUAAUAAUAUUAAUUGUAGUUGUUUUCUGCAGAAUUGCAUUCAUUUUUAAAGUUGUGGUGAAAUUACCAAAUUUCCAUGAAUUUUGUCAAUUUUUCAUGUUGAUUAUGUUGAU